AUGCACGUCGUGCGCCUGCCACAGACCGUGGUUAACAGCGUUGGAAUUCCAGUGAGAUUGCCAUAUUCUCAGCCACAGACAGCGAAGCAGCUGGUGUACGUAAUUCCAAAGCCGGACGGCAACAGGCUCGUUCGACUAAUCACCCCUGCCGGCGAUGACGUGGCACCGCCUCUCGCGAAACAAAUCCUUACUUUAUUGCGGAAGCAUGCUGAAAAGCUGCCGAAAGGUUUAGUUACGGUGACAGCUUCGCCGGGUAACAUAACGAUGGAUACGAAGGGUUUGCCCGUCGUCGGUGGAGCCUGUUCCGCCAGUCAGUCACCGACAUCAGUCGCUAACGCCCCUUUGCCACACGUACCGCCGCAGCAGGUGCAGCAGUCUGAUAAUGACUUAAAUUUUUCAGAAGCUAACUUGCAUUGUACCUCUGGUGGUACCGAUCGCCACUUGUUCUCGACUCCUUCAUUUGAUCAGAGUCAGACAUGUGUUGCGGGCAAGGGCGGUGACCACGACUCAUCUGAUAUCAAGGAAAAAAGUGAAGAAGAACUAAACAGCAUCAAGCAGGAGCACUCUCAGCUGACGAACGAAGAACAGAAACAGGUCACCCCAGUGAGGGUAGAUGGUCUUCUGACCGGCGUCGAUUCUACUCUACUCGAUAGCAGCGUUUCGCCAAGACUUAUGAUCUGUACUUCUACAGUUGCAAGUCAGGUGAUGCCCACACCUGACAAUUCAGUCGUCGACAGCUCUAAGAACAGCUUUACCGAAGAUAAACUGAAAACAGAGACUAAGGUCCCCGUCUGUUUGCCUGUAGGAAACGCUGCUGCUUCGAUGCCCUUACAUUGGUCAGUGGAUGAUUCUCUGUCGACCACCACUACCGCGACUAACAGACAGUUCUUGAUUAUUCCUGUCAGCCAGGUUUCUUCUUCGCAGGUUGUAGUCGGUGGUGGCGAUACUUCGUACUAUCUGCUAAACAGCAGGGCGAUGCCUGUUGUGGCCCAAACUGUGUCAUCCGUGGCCGAUUCUUCGUCGAUGUCCAGACUACCGUCCGAUUUGGUGUUCACACCGGCGCCUUGUGUAUCUGUUCAAAAACUACCUCAAGUUAUUGUAGACAGUGCGACGGCGGGGUCCUCUCAGCCUACGCUGCACAGUACAACUUCAGUUCCUACCAGGGACGACUCUAGGCAUAUUUCAACGCAGGUACUAUAUGUAUAUAAUAUGUAUUUUAUAUUACACAUAUGAAC